UUCUUUCCUGAGAGAGAAGUUGAGGUGCGUUUAAGUCCAGGCUACAAAGUAGCUUCGACUUCUCUUCACUCAUGGCUGAUCAGGCUUUUGUGACGCUGGCUACGAAUGACAACUAUGCAAGAGGAGCUAUGGUUUUGGGCAAGUCCCUACAUAACCACAACACAUCCAAGAAGCUGGUGGCACUCAUUAGUCCACAAGUAACAGAACCUUGCCAGUCCGUGCUGAACAGUAUCUACGAUGAGGUGCGGCUGGUAGAUGUGAUGGACAGUGGUGAUGAGGCAAACCUUGCUUUAUUGAAGAGGCCUGACCUGGGUGUCACCUUCACCAAACUCCACUGCUGGACCCUCACACACUACUCCAAAUGUGUUUUCAUGGACGCAGACACUCUGGUGCUUUCAAAUAUAGACGAGCUGUUUGACAGAGAGGAACUGUCAGCUGCUCCUGAUCCUGGCUGGCCUGACUGCUUCAACUCCGGCGUGUUUGUUUUUUGUCCUUCCAUGGAGACAUAUGGCAAACUGCUUCACUAUGGAACACAGCACGGCAGCUUUGAUGGGGGAGAUCAGGGUGUUUUAAACAGCUUCUUCAGUGACUGGGCAACAGCUGACAUAUCAAAGCACCUCCCCUUCAUAUAUAAUCUCAGCAGCAUCGCCAUCUACACUUACUUUCCAGCAUUCAAGCAAUACGGUGGCAAUGCCAAGGUUGUUCAUUUCCUUGGAAAGACCAAGCCGUGGAGUUACACAUUUGACCCCAAAGUCAAAAAGAUUACAGGCAAUGUGCACGAGGCCACCACACAUCCAGACUUCCUCCUGCAAUGGUGGAUGCUGUACUCCAGUGAGGUGGUGCCCAUGCUGCAUGAGCACUACGGAGACCAGUCUUUUCACUCUGGAUGUGUGGAGUUCCAGUAUAGUGACACUGUCACUUUUGAGAAUGUACAGGAGGAAACCAGCCCGUCAGAAGCAGAGGCAGUUCCACCAGUCUUGUCCUCAGAAGAAAGGAAGCAGCAAUGGGAGCAAGGUCAGGCUGACUACAUGGGAAUGGACUCCUUUGACAAAAUCCAGAAAAGGCUUGAUAGUUUUCUUAAAUAAGAAGGGAAUGAAACAGAUUCUCAAAAUGGCGCUCAAAUUGUUGCAAAACUGGUUGUAUUUUUUUCUUUCUACAAAUUUUCCUGAUUUCCAUUUAGCACCACACCAGAGACUGUGAUGAUAAAUGAGAAGACUAUAUAAAUAUUAGGCAACAAUGGAGGCCAGACGUUUACAUGCACCCUGGCUAACUUUCAAACUCAAACUUCUACAACGACACGUAUUUCAUGCUGCCAAACAGUACACGUCUUAACUGGAUUAGAAUGUUACUUCAUUUCCAUUUUUUUUUUCUUUUUUAAAGUUAAUUAUUUAGUUACAAGAUGGGUUUAUUUCUGUUUUUAUUCACUAUAAAAGAUUUUCAGUGGGACAGUCUUACACACAGUUGGCUAAUUCCAGAAAUGGAUGUUUAAUUCAAUUCAAAAGGUUUCGAGUGACUAAUUGACUUCAGGGUUGAGCAGUUGAAUGAGACCAUCAUAAAUCACUGAUGGCUGUCUCAUACACAUUUAAUUCAUUGUCCUGGCCAUAAGAAAAAUAAUUAAGUUUUUAUUAAUGCUGGGGAUUUCCUCAGAGAACACUGAAUAUGUACUUUCAAGUGCAUCACCCAGAGAGUGCAAAAAUUAAGGAUGGUGGUGAGUGUUUAUUUGAAGCACUGUGCAUGGUCUGAAUCAAGGCAAACAGAUAACUGCAGUCCAGGGGCCCUCAUUUAUAAACUGUAUGUAGAAAAGGUUCUAAAUGCUGUUCUAUGAAGAAGAUUUAGUAUGUGUGUAAGU